CUCAGCAGCCAGAGCGGCUUCUUCUGAGGCGGCGGCUGAGGCAGCGCCCGGUGUCUUGCUCGCGGUCUCUGCAGCGGCUUGCUGCUCCCGUCGCGGCCGGCGAGGCGGCCGUCCAGCCCCUCGGGCCGGCAGGCGAUGGUGCGGCGGAGUGCGCGGACGCGGGCGGCGCGGCGGCGGGCAUGAAGGAGGAUGGAAGGGCAGGACGAGGUGUCGGCGCGGGAGCAGCACUUCCACAGCCAAGUGCGGGAGUCCACGAUCUGUUUCCUUCUCUUUGCCGUUCUCUACAUUGUCUCCUACUUCAUCAUCACAAGAUACAAGAGAAAAUCAGAUGAGCAAGAAGAUGAAGAUGCGAUAGUCAACAGGAUUUCGUUGUUUCUGAGCACGUUCACUCUAGCAGUUUCAGCUGGGGCAGUUUUGCUUUUACCCUUCUCAAUAAUCAGCAAUGAAAUCCUGCUUUCUUUUCCUCAAAACUACUAUAUUCAGUGGCUAAAUGGCUCCCUGAUUCAUGGUUUGUGGAACCUUGCUUCUCUCUUUUCCAAUCUUUGUUUAUUUGUGUUGAUGCCCUUUGCCUUUUUCUUUCUGGAAUCAGAAGGUUUUGCUGGCCUGAAAAAGACUAAGGUCAAAGGGGAGAAUCAGCUUGAGGAGGGGUAUGAGAAGGGAAUCCGAGCCCGAAUUUUAGAAACUCUGGUCAUGCUUAUGCUUCUGGCCUUGCUUAUUCUUGGGAUAGUGUGGGUAGCCUCGGCACUCAUUGACAAUGACGCUGCGAGUAUGGAAUCUUUAUAUGAUCUCUGGGAGUUCUACCUACCUUAUUUAUAUUCCUGUAUAUCAUUGAUGGGAUGUUUGUUACUUCUCUUGUGCACUCCAGUUGGCCUCUCCCGCAUGUUCACAGUCAUGGGGCAGCUGUUGGUGAAGCCAACAAUUCUUGAGGACCUGGAUGAACAAAUUUAUAUUAUUACUCUAGAGGAAGAAGCACUUCAGCGGCGACUAAAUGGACUGUCUUCAUCAGUGGAACACAAUAUAACGGAGUUGGAACAAGAACUUGACAAUGUAAAGACUCUUAAGACAAAAUUAGAGAGGCGCAAAAAGGCUUCAGCAUGGGAAAGAAACUUGGUGUAUCCUGCUGUUAUGGUUCUCCUUCUUAUUGAGACAUCCAUUUCGGUCCUCUUGGUGGCUUGUAAUAUUCUUUGCCUGUUGGUUGAUGAAACAGCAAUGCCAAAGGGAACAAGGGGGCCUGGAAUAGGAAAUGCUUCUCUUUCUGCUUUUGGUUUUGUGGGAGCUGCACUUGAAAUCAUUUUGAUUUUCUAUCUUAUGGUGUCCUCUGUUGUCGGUUUCUAUAGCCUCCGAUUUUUUGGAAACUUUAUUCCCAAGAAGGAUGACACAACGAUGACAAAGAUCAUUGGGAAUUGUGUGUCAAUCUUGGUCUUGAGCUCCGCACUGCCUGUUAUGUCAAGAACACUGGGAAUCACUAGAUUUGAUCUACUUGGAGACUUUGGAAGGUUUAAUUGGCUGGGAAAUUUCUAUAUUGUGUUAUCCUACAAUUUGCUUUUUGCUAUUAUGACAACAUUGUGUCUGGUCAGAAAAUUCACCUCCGCUGUACGAGAAGAACUUUUCAAGGCCCUAGGGCUUCAUAAACUUCACUUAUCAGAUACUUCAAGGGAUUCAGAAACCGCAAAGCCUUCUGCAAAUGGGCAUCAGAAAGCACUGUGAGCCCCACAGCACCGCUCUGCAAUCAAGAGCCUGAGCGCCCCAAACUCGUGACAUUCCCGUCAGUCAGGGAUGCUUGCUGCUGCCUGUGGUCCAUGUUUAGGGCCUGGGCCUGUCAGUGUCGUUUUCAUAAUCUACGAGCUUGGCUGUUGCAGGUCUUCUUCUUUUUAUUUGCCUUUGGGGGGUCCCUUGUAGUUUCCAGCCGGGUGCAGGCUCCUCAGGGCGGCGCGCCUUCUGGGGCCAUGUUUGCUUGCAUCAGUUAUGCACCCAUGUGAGAGUGUUAGAAAAGGCCAACUUUGGGGCUUUCUAAGGAUUCACUUAAAUCUUGCUAUAUAUUCCAUUCAAAAUGAAUUCCAUUCAUGCCCUACAUGAAAGGGCAUCCUUGGUACUUAGAUGUGAAGUUUCUGCAAAAAAUGAAAGUUUAUAGAUGAUACUGCAGUGGGUACAUUGGAACUGUAAAUGGUUGCAAAUUAUAUUUUUUACUUCCUUAAAGAAAAAACAAAAGCAUAGUUCUGAUUUAUGUUACAGGAUGAUAUUGAUUGGACUUUGAGUCAAGGGAAAAAUACAAAAUUCUUUUAAAACUUGAGCCUUGGUAGAAUGCCACAGGAAUACCUCCUACUGUCCAGUGGAAUAAGCUAUGGUAGGAAGUAUUAUGUAAUCAUAGUUCUUUGACAGUUUGUGUAUAUAAUUCAGUAUUACCUCUCAUAACAUAGUUGCCAGUGUUGAAUACACUUGUAACUUAGAUUUUGCCUUAUAGGCUAUAUGUACACUCAGUUUUUUUUAAACAUUUUUUUCAGAAAUCCCUUAAUUCCCUGUGCUCCUUGUGUCCAUUAUGAACUAUAAGUGCUCUGUGGUAGACACCCCUUCUAUCGCCACAGUCUUCAAGCUUUGAUCACUUCUGUACAUGCCAAUUUAAACAUCAGACUUACGAAUGUUACCAUUUAACACCCAAAACACACAGCAUCAGCAUUCAUGAUGUAAGAAAAGUUUUGCAGUGUAUCGUGGUCUGAUGAUCAUUCAGUUAUUAAAUUGUAAAUAAUUCUUGGGAUGGGUUCUUGACUUUAAGUCCACUGAAUAAAAGCUAUAACAUUAUACUCCGUGUUACCAUCCACUAGGAUUGAGUACCAGAAAUUGUGCAUGCAAAAAUAGCAGAUGGGUCCACUUGCACACAAUUCAUAUCAUGCAGCUUCUAUAAACACAUAUGUUCAUAUGCGCUGUGUGUUUGGCAACAGAUUGUGUUCAGACAAAAGUAAAAGAACAGCUUUCUCAAAUUGUUGAAUUUAAAGGGUUUUUUGGGAGAAAUUUAUGAAAAACAGGCUAUAUAUAUUUUGACAUCAAAAAUUUCCACUUAGAUCCAAUAUAAUAAGAGAAAGUAACCCAAAGCUCCAUUGUGUAUACUUCUCCUUUAUUUAUUUAUACCUCUGCAUUGCCUUCUGAGCUUCUCUUCUUGUUAAAAUGCAGCUUAGUUUUAAAAUAAAAGAACAUUUUGUGAUUCUAAAUAACACUCAGUAAAUACCACCAGUCUAGUAUGGGUGAAUUUCUCAGCAUAAGAUCCACAUACUGAGAAAAUGAAUAGAAAUUGGCUGCUUUCUAAUUUUACUGGUAAUUAUACCUAUUUAAGUGUUAAUUGCAAGUUUUGAUUUUUACCGAAACUUGCUUGCUUUGAGCAGACCAGGUCAAGGGGAGAAGAGAAAGGAAUUCCUUUAAAUAAAAGAAUAUCACUUUUAACUUACACCAAUUUCAGGGCAGACAUCCAGAGGAAGAGCUUCUGGGUAUUUGUAAGAUGUCUGAAAAUUUUUGAGUAAAGUAUUAAACUUUUCAAUGUCUAUAUCAA